UUGUUAUAAAUUUUAUUAAAUUUAUGCAUAUAGUGUAGUACAGUAUACCUGGAGAGGGUACUGUAUUAAAUUUUGUCAUUGUAAACUUGAGAAGUAAAUGCUCAUCUGUGAAAUGUAUGAGUUUUAAAUUUAUUUUUGUGUAAAUUUCCUUCUAGUUAAUGAACAAGACAUUCAAAAUAUUUUGAUUUCAAUACAGCAGACUGCUGUAUAGCCCUUGUGGCUUAGUGCUUUUUGAUUAUAAUAAUAAUAAUACAGCAGACUGCUACUACUCAGCUGAUAAGUUUUUUUCUAAAACAAAUCUAGUACCAUAAUGAUUGAUUCAUACAAGGAUGAGGAUCACUUUUGGGAGAGGGGUAAUUUUCUAAGUUUUGGGCCACUUCCAAAGUGCCACUUCCAUUGCAACAUUAAGGACCUGGUCAAACAUGAGAUUGGAGACGUUCUCCUUCCACCAUCUCCCAAUUGGUUCAUAAGUGAUGCUGUGGACUGUCGUUUGGAAGAUAAUCUGCUGGUAACUGGGGCCUUCAAAGCCAUUAUAGUGUACAAAGUAUCUACAGAGAGAAGAUUGCCAAAGGUGCUCAAGGUAAUCCCUCACAACAGUGAAAGAGUAUUAUCUAUUCGAUUACAUCGCAGAGCAUUUGAACCUGAUUAUGGACACACAGUCGCAAGUACUGCUGAUACAUCAACCAUCAGGCUAUACAAUUUACACACUGGUGAUGUCAUAGCAACCCAUUAUGAACAUCAGGGUCUGUCUGUAAAUGGCAUUUGUUGGGGCAGCAUUGGAGGAGAAGAAGUUGUGGUGACAGUUGGCUGUGGUGGCAGAAUGGUAGUGUGGCAAGCCAGGCACGGUGUUACCCGUGUCCACACUCUUCAUCAAUUUUCUGAACUGACCUUGGUAGAGGCUAAUCCUAAAGAACCUUCACAGGUUCUAAUCGCAGCUGAACAGGAUAUUGCACUGGUUUCUCUCAAAGAUGGAGGAAUUCUAACUCAUCUGCAAGGCCAUGACUAUGUGAUCUACUCUAUAAAAUGGUAUGUUGGCAAAAAUAAUCCAUUCUUGGAUGACUCUGAACCUGUCAAUCACAGGGCUGAAGGCCUGAAGCAAGGCUGUGCUAAGCUCACUGAAUGUAAUGAAAGAAAUAGGAUUAAAGAAAAUAGUAGGCAGCAGAACACAAAGGCCUUGGGAAGUUUUGAUGGCCAGUACUUUGUGUCGUCUGAUUAUGGUCGCAACAUCUUGCUGUGGGACCUAUCAGCCAAACGAUACAUCACCAAAAUAAAUGUUCCUCUCUCAGCGUCAGCCUUCAAAAAGCAGAUGUCUGGUAAAGAGAAGAACAGUGGAAAGCAACAUAUAGCUUUGGCAUGGCAUAAUGGCAACCUUCUAACAUCAACUGUUAGAGGAGAACUACUACUGUGGACACUGCAGCCUACAGGGUCCAAGUUCAAAGCGUUACAUCACUUACACACACGAGCCAUCUACAAUGUGGUGGUGAUAGGAGAUGUGGCAGUUACCAGCGGACAAGAUCGUUUUCUCCAUGGUUUUCAUAUUGGCAACUCAUCUCAUUUAUUUCAAGUACCAACACUUGGUGCUUGUGCUACAUCUCUGUCCUUCUGCCCACAUGAUGCCAACAGACUUGCUAUUGGAUCUCAGGAGAACAAUAUAAGACUUCUGAAUUUUGGAAGUGAGAUACCUUUGCACACGCAACUAAUUUGGCAGAAUAUUAAAGGAAAGAUCUUGUCCCUUUCAUGGCACCCGGCUCAUGAGGGUUGGUUACUGUUUGGCACGGGAUCAGGUCAAGUAGGAUGGGCAGAUGUGUCAAGUGGACGAGUGACGACAUUUGCUUACUACCAUCAGAAGGCAGUGUAUAAAGUUGAGUGGGGACCUUCGGUCUGUCCUCAGCAAACGGGGCUAGCGGAUAAUUGGUGUGCUUAUUCAUUUGGAGAUAGGGAAAUUGUAAUACGCAAUUCAUCUGACCCCAUGGCAGAUUCAAUUCGCUUACACAAACUAGCCCAAGAGAUGGAUGCUGUGAAGAUUCCUAAGGAUGUUACUGAAUUUUCCUUCAGUCCAGACUACAAAUAUUUGGCAAUUGGAUCACAAGAUGGACAGGUGCAAGUUCAUCAGAGUUGUGACCUUAAGUUGAUGGUGACACUAGUAGUGGUGAGAAAGGCUAUUCAACAUCUCCUUUGGCAACCACCUUCAGACUCCAGCAUUCCGUACAUCUUAGCUAUUGGCUCGAGUGAAAAUAAAAUCCAAAUUUUUAACUUGGAAAAGAAUUUUAAAGGAGAGGAAGGUGGUAAUGUUCUGACUCAAGCUACCCAAGAGCUGUGUGGUCAUGAGUCAAGAGUUGUGUGGUUGGCAUGGUCGCCUCACAAGACUGGAGUUCUUGCCUCGGCUUCUUAUGACCACACUGUUCAGUUGUGGGACACAAAAACAGGAAAGCCCAUGGUCAAUUAUGGUGGACACACAACAAGAGUCUUCCGUGUAGAGUUUAGCCCGGCUGAUCCUGACCUGUUGUACAGCUUUGCUGAAGAAAACAAUGUACAUGCCUGGCGUCCUUCCAAGUUAAAGUGCAAAACUUCUAGUGAGAGUAGUGCAACCCUGAAAGAAUACCUUCCCAAAAAAGUCAAGGAGAAAGAACAAACAGCAGCAGCAACAGCUGCAACAGCACAGGCAGUUGUAAAGGAAGCCGAGAAGCCCCAGAAAGUGUCAGCUUCUAGUGAAAAGAAAACAGGAGCUAACAAGAGCAGUGGGCAAAAUUUUCCAUCUAGUAAUGCUAGUGGUGGUAAGAAAGCUGUAUACAAGUCAUUCUUUCCCAAGCUUCACAUGGUGUGCUCUCGCAAGAAAAGCUUUCACCAAUUAGCCAUCCUUAAUCUUCUGGCUCAGCUUAAAGUGACAAAUAUUUCAGGCCUCAAUAACAUAAAUGAAUGUGAAAUAAAAGAAGUGGAAGAAGAUUUGGAAGAAGAUUUAGGAGAGGACAGUAACUCUAGGGAUGAAGGCGAGGAUGAUUAUCGUUCUGUUAUAGUCGACACGACAGAAAAAUAUUCCUACAUUUUAGAAAAAGACUCUGAAAUGGCUACUCCGGAUGAUUUCAUCUAUGCGCUGAACAUGUUUGGAAACCCACAUCAAAUGGACACACUCCUGACUUCUGAAAUUGAACAUCAUGAAGCUCGUGGGAAUGACAGUCAAGUUGGCCUGAUGCACUGCUGGAGAGGCACCCUGGAUGAGCAUAUCCGUUCUGCUGCUAGACACAUGAAGCUUACUCCUUUCUUGGUGGCUUCUGCACCACAGGUCUCUAUAAACUUGUGGAAGUUGGCAAGUGAAGCUUAUGCAGAACAGCUGGUUAAUGAAGGGGAUAUUGUCACUGCUGCAUCAUAUCUUGUAAACAUUAGCAAAGUCAAAGAAGCUGUUAAAUUACUGUUGAAGUACAGGCUUUAUCGAGAAGCAUUAGCCAUAACAAAAUGUCGUCUGGGAUACGAUGAAGAAAUGGUGGAGACAGUUGUGACCACAUGGGCUGCUUCUGCUAUCUAUGAAGGAAACUUUGACCUUGCUUCAACCCUACAUUUGAGUCUUGGCCAUGUGGAAGAUGCUGCACACUGCAUGUCUAGGAGGAGUGAUCCUGGGGCAUUGUUUAUCUCUGCCAAGUUGUACGAACAUGCAGGAAAUGUUGAGUUGACCAAUUCUGUUGGAUUGUUAGCCCUCAGAGAAGCAGCUUUGAAACAUGAGCAUCUGAAAAUUGACUCGUUCAUAAAUCAUUUGCCCAACCUUAAUUGGUUCCGGACAAUCUUUUGCUGCCAUAAUGUUAUACUAGACUUACUGCAGCAGGUCACCAUGGAUAAGGAAGGGCAGGUAAAUUAUCUUACAAAAAGUAGAAGGAAACAGAAGAAUCAAGUUUAUCAAGAGACUCCAAAUGAAAGCAAGAUAGUGAAUGAAACUGCUGAUAUUGAAGGCAAGAGUAACAUUAAUGCAAAUGUAAAUGGUGAUGUAAUAACCCCAAGAAACACACAGAAUUGUACAUCUGAAGAAUGGGUUCCUUUAUUAGAACGAAUCGAAGAAGAGUGGCUAGCGCAAGGCAUUACUCGAGAACAGUAUCCCCAGCUCUAUGAAACAAUUACCCUGAACUUUUCUACUCAACAGAUACCCACUUCAGUUAAGCAGCUUUGGUUCCUAGUGUCAGUGGCGCUGAGUGAAUAUCUCAUGAGUUCCUGCCUGGAGUCGUGGGACCAACAUCUGACUACAGCAUUGGGAUAUGUUGUGUCAUGGGGCAAAGCUGACCACAUCUUUCACCUCACACAUGCAUUGCUUCCAAAAGGAGUAAACUGUUUGAUGACACUAGGAACGACAGUAGUAAAUGAAGUGGAUAAAGAUGCCUCAUCAACUGUUAACCAUUUACGCCAUCUAUACUAUGCUGCAGAAAUAUCAAUUUUACAUUUACACAUUCAUACUGAUGAAUUUUGGUCAAAACUGCACAGCCACUCCUCUGACAUAAAAAAUGAAAUUCCUGAAGGUGAGACAUUAAGACAUAGUGAAGAAUUAGAAACUAUAGAUAAAGAAUCUAUCCCUUCCGAAUUUGCUAAGGAAGGCGAGACUACUGUGGCAUCUAAGUCUGGAACUCUGACAGUACCAGCAGAUAAGUCAGAACACAUGGAUUCAACAGAAAAGGAAAUAAUUGAGUAUGGGAGGGCAUAUUGUCUUCCUCAGUCUAGUAAUGAAUUAAUUACAGUUCUGAAUUUAUAUUUUGACAAUCUGAACCCAACAUAUAUGUCUGCCCCAGAUGUGAUGGGACUCAACUCAGGCCUAUCAAGUCCUGAAAAGCUAUUACUAGAAAUUAUUUUGAAACUUAGGGAGAGAGGAGACAUAAGUGAAGAUGAAAUAAGAAAACUUCUUUGUAAAGUUCCUGCUAAUAGAAAUAUUUUUUAGUAAGUCAUUAAUGCACUUCAGUUUUAAUUAUAAAAUGUACAGUUAAUUCAUGGUCAGUAAUAUAAAAUACCUUCAACAUUUAUACUGUUGCUGCCUAUAUAGAGGUGCAUUUUAUUAUGUAUGAUUUUUCAGUACACUAUGAAGUUUGUAUUUUAUCAGUUUUUAGAAUUCAGGUAGUGCCAUUUUUAAUGGUUAUAAAAUAUCUCCCUGGGCCAUUGUUUAAACUGCUGGGUCUCACACUUUAUGGCUGUUUACUUGAACUAGGUCCUGUUGUAAUGCAGCUGAGGUAGUCAACUCAAUAGACAAGGGACAUAUGUAGGUUGCGAUGAAUGUGUUAGCUGCAGCCAUUAGCAAGAAUAAAUGAAAGCAUUUCCUGAAGUGUUAGUUUGUACUGUCUUUAGAAACAUACGUGGCUGGGGUCCAAGAGUAGUGAAUUAUUAUUAUUAUAAUAAAAAAAGAAGCGCUAAGCCACAAGGACUAUACAGCCAAGAGUAGUGAAACUCUCGAAACUCUUCAAAGGUAUAUAUAGGCCUGCCACUAGCUGUGAAAAGUUAUAUUGUCUAUCUUGUGGAACAUUCAAGAGUGUAAUAUCUUGGAACAUUUGACAGCAUCAUUAGCUUAUGCUGUCUUAUUUUGUGUGCUAUCUUCAGGGAUGGGAUACCAAAAUUUUGUAGUUACUGAUACCCUCAGUUAGCCAGUACCUACUGAUACCAGUAUCUAAACUUAAUUUUAGGCUAAUGCUGAUACCUUAAAAAUUAGCAAAUAUCAGUACUUUGGCACACCCCCAGUCUUGGAUGAACAUUCAGGGUAUUCUAUCUUUGAUCUGUCUUAUAUUGUGUACUUUGGGAAACAUUCAGCAGUGUACCACUAACUGAGGUAUCCUACAUUGUGUAUUGUAAUUUAGUGUACCACUAGUGGUAGAAAAUAUUAAGUUGCCUUUUGAAA